GUGAUGCUGACUUUAGAGGACAAGGACAUGAAGGGAUUCAUGUGGGCCACAGCCCCAGCCUUGACCUCCCUGGGCUACCUGCUCAUGCUGGUGGUCUUCAUCCCUUUUUGGGUGCGGCUGGUGAACGAGGAGUCCCGUGAAGUGUUUUCCAGGGGCCUGUUUGAGAACUGCCUCCACAUCAAAUGCUGGAAGCUUUGACCCUUAUCUGUGUACAUCGUCCUUGGCCGCUUCUUUCUGCUGUCUGCAGUUGUCUUGUCUUUCCUCACCACCUUCAGCAUGUGGUCCUUUGCUGCUCAGCUCUUUCUAAGGACCCGGAAGCACAACUUUGUGUCAGCCUUCCUCAGCUUCCUCACAGGUGUGGAACUGCAGGCAAGCCUUGGGGAGGAGUCCAAAGGCAGGGAAUCUGUGAUGGUCUCUGCCACCCCCCUGCUCCCCGGUGUAGCAGUGGUGCCUGCAAACCCAACAACUCCAGAUGUGGUGAAGGUGCCUGCAACCCUGGCUCCUCCACCAGCUUCCUCCUUCCCCUGCUGUGGGACCCUGGAUGUGGUGGAGCCCGACCCAAACUUUUGCUGUUACCUAGGUGCCAUCUGCCUCUUUCAAGAAUCAGCCUGCCUUGGCUGCCAUUUGUUGCCCAUUUCCCAGAAUAUUGAGGAGACCGAAGGGAUCCUGCACCUGGUAAAUCUGGAGAGUUUGGGAGGAUAACUGAGCUCAAUACAAAAGGAGACUUUGCUGAAGGAAGAAACAAUUGUGUAGCCCAGGGUAGUCAGUCCUCUACGCUUCGUCAAGCUGUGUGAGUAUAUGUGUGUAGGUGUAUGUGGCUCCCCCUUGUCCGCCAGUCUCUGCUGCUUCUGACGAGCUUCUUGGGUGUCAGAUCAACCCUCCACUCCCUCAUACUCACAGGGAUUCUAUCUUGCUCAUAUUUGAAAUUUGAUAAAAGAUUUUUUAAUUCUUCUGAGCUUCCUGAGUGGUUUAUUUUUGCAGGUGUUUUCAGUAAAAGGAGGAAUAUUGCCCAUUAAUCCAUACCAAAAAAAAAA